GAAGGAGAGUGUGUUAGUGAUCUCGAUCUCGUCCACGUCUUCGUCCUCGUCCUAUGGCGAGGAAGAAGAAGAGGAGGAGGAGGUGGAGGUGAGGUCGGCGGAGGAGAAAGGGAGGGACGACGAUGAGUGUUGCAUACUCCCCUCCGAUCCCUUCGCCGACGAUCUCAUCCUCAACCUCUCGCUUUGCCAACGCAACGACGACGGCGAUGAUCUCGCCAUUCUCUUCGUACGAGGCCAAGUGGCUUGUAGAGAUCUUCCCCACCAAAGAAAUCUCUGUGCAGAAUAUCCCUUUAGCAAGACACCUCAUGAGAGCUAUUGUCCGAAGUGUUUCUGCUAUGUCUGCGAGAAAAUAGCUCCCUGUGAGGCUUGGAAGGGACCUCUAGGACACUGCCAUGCAACUGACCAAGAAAAGAAAUGGAAGGAUAUGAGGAAGGCUCAGCAAUCAGCUCAAGCACAGGAAAUUAAGCCUUGCUCUGGAGUGUAAGAUCCCCUAAGCACCUCAUCCAUAUUAGCACCUCAUUGAAAUGGGGAUGUUGGCGUUGGAGUAAAAACCAUUAAGCAUCACUGCUGGUUAAUGGCAUUUUGGGUUCUUUAGGGGCUAAGCUUGGUACUAGCUAUCUGCACAGUGCACCUCUUCGAGAGAAGGUUGAUUUUUUGAGCAAAUAAUUUAUACUCCACGUACAUGUUUAUGUUUUUGUUUAGAGUUUGCAAUUGUAAAGUUCCUGUAGUUUGUAAAUUUAGUUUUACCAUCUUUUUGUUGCCCGAGAAAUCUACCGAACGACUUGAUAGGCUACAGGUGUUGUCUUCCUCGCACAUGUUGGGUUUUCUCCCAGUUACGUGGCUGAUGAGACACUGUUUACUAACAUCUAUAGAAGAGAAGAUAAAUUACUUUGAUGCAGCGAUCAAUGCUUUUUUUGAGUGAAGUGCAGGAUAGGGACUAGUGAUGAAUUAACCAUUCUAAUGAUAAGUUUAUUGCUAUUAAUAAGGUUGAUGGCUUCUCAUGACCAUUUGAUUUUCCGAUGUAAGUUAAGAAGUGGCUAAACUUCACAUGGAAAUAUCACCCGCUGGGCCUUUUCUCAUGAGUUGGUAAUGCUAAUCUCUUCAUUUUUCUGGUGGCAACUGAAAUUUGGCAUGCUUCUUUCUUAGCUGACUGUGCAGUAUUCCAUCUCCAGAUCUACUGUCUCUUUUAUUUCUGAAGCACAAUAAUUCAGCAUGAGGUAUGUGUGACUCUUCUUUCUCUUUUACUCUUUUCCAUCUGCAAAGGCAUUUCUGUGUCUGCACUAGAGUAGGAAAGCAAAACAGAAAAAAAAAAUUAAAUAGCUUUUGCCUUAUUUCCUAUUUUCACAUGCAUCAUUAUUGGCAUUAUGUCCUCUUCAGUGCUUGCUUAACUUGUUUCUUAUUACACCAUAGUAAAAGUAAAGAAUCUUGCAGAUUGAGGCACAAUGAAGAAGAAAUGGUAAAUAAUAUCUUCUAUCCUUUUCAGUAUUGAAUAAUUCAUAAUCAACUUCACUUAUCAUCCUUCUAAGCUAUCUCGUAGAAAUUAGGACAUUAUUUGUGUUUAGAAUAAGUUUGAGAGUUUGAAUAGUUACUAAUAGGUUUCGACUAAAGCAUCCUUUCCUCCGUCAUGUCAUGUGAUGUAGUUGUAGAACUGUUUCUUGAUAGGGCAAGUCAGAUUUAUUGAAUUUGGUCAAACUCGAUCAUUUAAUUGUGUUUAGAUUUAAUAAAUUUAUCUUUCCAUAUCAAAAUUUUGACCUGUUAAAUAUAUCAUCCUUUCACCAUCCAUCUCUUAAAACACUGAAAUUUUGGGUGUUAUUUAUCCUAUUGUGCCAGGUUGGGUAAGAACCUGUUGUGUCCUAAAAUAUAAAGAAAAAUUUGCACAAACAUUUGCGCUGGCCCUAGAAAAACACUUGUAAAAUUAAAUCUAAAUUUUCCACAAAAAAGCUCUUAUUUACAAAGGAUUCAAUUUAUUCCUAUGAAACUGAUUUUACUAUUUGCUUAAUGAACAAUGGAAGUGUUGUUGAUGGUAGUCUGGUAAACCUCUGAAGCUUCUUUGGAAGGUUAGCAAAGGCUAAAAGAAGGAACAGUUUCAUACUUAUUCCUACGCAGUUUGAACUAUAAAAUUUGUAUAAUCUUGAUUUUCAAAUAUAUUUCUCUAACAUUUAAAAAUAUGCAAAAGUUUAUUCAUGCAGGUUGACUAUUGAAAGUUGACGGUGGAAAUAUACUGAAAAAUAAUAUAUACUUUAGAGUAGGCCAUUUUAAGAAAGAAAAGAUUAACUUUAAUUAUUCAACUAACGGAGAUGAUGUAUUUCCAAACUAUGCACCAUGGAGAAAUAUAUUUGAUUACUGAAUAAGUAGUGCAACUGAGAGAUUUUCCAGUAGGCAUGUGAUGGGAACCUCCGCCUUAGCACUUCUACGAGGUGAAUAAGCUUGUGCAUCUAUUAUUGCAUUCAACCAAAAGCCCGUAUUGCCGUUGUUAUUGUAUUGCAGGUAUAAAUGUAUGUAGUUCCAAAAGCACUCGAUUUGGUGCUAAGAAGAAGAAAGCAGUUUCUUGGUCUUUGGAUUCAUCUAGCACCAUGAGAGAAAGAGAGAGAGAGAGAGAGAGAGUUCACACUUAUUGCAUUGAGAGUUCACACUUAUUGCAUUUCAUAUAAGUGCAUCACUUACUACGGAUAGUUUUCUAUAAUUAUUAAUCAAAUUAUUUCUUGCAAGGAUUUGUCCGUAGUUGAUAUAUUCACUGUCGGUCUUUGUUACAACUUGAUGCCUUCGGAAAGAAUAAUGAUGUUUCUCCUAUUUAAGGUCCACCUGCCUCUCCUCUUUGCAAGCACACCUUCUCUAUUGGCGUUGCUACCAUGGAAAUUUUACAUUCAAUCUUCUACUUGCUUAUUUCUUUUUCCUUCUUCCUAUCCAAUCCAACUCUUCUCUUGGUUCACUGCCAAAUACAGCCCAUUUCAAAUGACACCCAAAUGCAGGUCUAUAUUGUUCAUGUACAAAAGCCUGACAGCACGAGCUUCCGUCGGUUCAAGGAUCGGAAAGAGUGGUACGCGUCCUUCUUGCCCAACACCACCCUCGACUCUGGCAAGCCGCGCAUGGUCUACGCGUACCGCCACGCGAUCAGUGGCUUCGCAGCGUGGCUCACCUCUCAAGAAGUAGAAGCCAUGAAAUCUACGGAUGGCGUUCUCGUAGCCUACCCCGACAGCGAGUAUGAUGCUCAAACCACCUACACCCCGCAGUUCCUAGGACUAAACGCAUGGGAGGACGGCGUUUGGUAUGACUCUCAAUACGGAGCGGGGCAAGUUAUCGGGGUUAUCGACAGUGGCUUUAAGCCUGGUCAUCCUUCCUUCAGGGAUACUGAUGUAAAUCCGCCGCCGGAGACGUGGAACGGAAGCUGCUACUGGAAACAAUCUGUGUGCAACAAUAAGCUCAUCGGUGCAGUGGGAUACAUGUCUGGGCGCGUCGUCCCACCUGAUGACGACAGCGGCCAUGGAACCCACACGGCGAGCACAGCUGGAGGGAAUUUUGUGGAUGAUGCUCACGUACUUGGCAUGGCACGCGGCACGGCCUCAGGGACGGCACCUAAAGCUCAUCUAGCAAUCUAUAAGGUGCUACACAAUAACAAAACUGCUACCGGUACAGUUGCCAAAGCGCUUGAUAGUGACACAUUGAGGGGCAUCGACGAAGCCAUCCGGAAUCACGUGAAUGUGCUAUCCAUGUCCCUCGGGAAGGUCAAGAAACCGCUGUAUAAGAACGGCAUUGCCAUAGGAUCAUAUGUGGCAAUCACCAAAGGGAUCGUCCCGGUGGCCAGUGCCGGAAACGAAGGCCCCUAUGAAAGCCUCAUAGGGAAUGAUGCGCCAUGGAUACUUACCGUCGGAGCAAGCACUACGGACAGGAGGAUAAGGGCCAUUGUCAAGCUCGGAAAUGGUAUGGAGCUCUUCGGCGAAACAGCAUACCAGCCAGAGGGAUUCAACUCGACUCAGCUACCGUUGGUUUAUCCGGGGGUGCGGAAGACGCGAAAGACCUUGAAUUGCAUGAACGGCUCCAUGGACACUUUUGAUGUUAAAGGGAAGAUCGUGUUGUGCGGGGUUGGACAAAUUUCAAGCACCGAAAAGGGUGAGGUCGUUAAGGCAGCAGGCGGUGCUGCGAUGAUAGUAAUGAACCGGCCAUGGAACGGGAGCACAACGCCCGCCAAACCCCACAUCAUCCCAGCGGCCCACGUGAGCUUCACCGAUGCGUGGAAGAUCGUCACGUACUUCAAUUCCACGCCCAACGGAACGGCAGCAAUCAUCUUCAACGGCACACGAGUUGGCGUUCGACCAGCACCCUCGGUGGCUUCCUUCUCGUCGCGAGGCCCCAGCCUCAUGAACGGCAACAUCAUCAAGCCGGAUGUCAUCGCACCGGGCGUCAAUGUUCUAGCUGCUUGGCCAUUCGAGGUAGGACCUAAACCCAACCACCACCUUCGAGCCUCAUCUCACACCUUCAACUUUAAUUCGGGAACGUCGAUGGCGACCCCUCACGUGGCUGGCAUUGUGGCGAUGUUAAGGAAUAACCAUCCUGAUUGGUCUCCCGCAGCCAUUAAGUCAGCGAUCAUGACCACAGCUUACACAGUCGACGCCGAUAGGAAUCCUAUCGGCGACGAUUUCAACUCCACGGGGACACCAGCUAGUGCAUACGCCAUGGGCUCGGGCCAUGUCGACCCAUCAGCAGCCAACGAUCCGGGCCUCAUCUAUGACCUUCAUCACUAUGAUUAUAUCCAUUACCUCUGUGGCAUGGGCUUCACCGACAAACAAGUCGGAGCCAUCGGUGGCGGUUCGGUGCAGUGUUCUAAGGUCCGGGCAAUCAGCCCCGAACAGCUGAACUAUCCUUCUAUUGCGGUGUACCUAAGUGCUAAUACGACCGAGGUGACUGUCAACCGAACGGUGACGAAUGUCGGGGACGCCGUUACAACCUACAACGUGAAGUACGACGAACCGGAAGGAGUGAGAGUCGACGUUGCGCCUGAUAGGCUGCAAUUCUCCCGAUCCAGGCAGAUGAAGGAUUUUCGAGUCACGUUGAGCAUCAAGCCGGGGAGACCAACAGUUAGGAUGGCAGGGCAAGUUUUUGAGGGGCAAAUGGCGUGGGUCUCCGGAAAGUACUACGUAAGGAGUCCUAUUGCCGUCACAAUCCAGUGAAACACGAUCGUAGUUUUAAGUCCCAUGUGCAAAGCAACAUACUAGUUCUUCCCCAGGCGUAAAAGAAAGAAAAAAGAAAAAAAAAUAAUAUAAAAUAAAUAAAAACAUGUCGCCCACCAAAAAACUCUACUCCGUGGAAACUAAGA